UCCCAAGAAUCUCUCCCCUCUUCUUCUUCUCUCUUUUCCCUCUUCCCUCACAACUUGCUCUACUUCACCUUCUCUCUUUCUCCUCUUUUUUUCUGUCUUCACUGUCCUCAGCAAUGGUGAAAGCAAUGGCCUUGUUACUUUUCCCAUCUAUGCUUUCGCUUCUUGUUUUCCCCCUCAUUGUUCACAAUGGGGUAGUUCACUGUUUUGGAGAGAAGAAGCUGCUUAAGCUGCAACAGUUUCAAUGGAAACAGAAAUGGGAUGCUUCAAGUUGUUUGUCCCAGAAAUCAAGAAAGGAGAAAGGUGCAACUAUAUUGGAAAUGAAGCACCGAGAUUACUGUUAUGGAGGAGGGGCCGAAGACUGGAACAAGUUGCUUCAGAAACGCUUGAUUUUGGAUGAUCUAAGAGUUCAGUCUUUGCAAGCCCGAAUAAAAAACAAGGCUUCUGGCAAAACAGAAGGUGUUUCUGAUACUCGAAUCCCCUUGACUUCGGGGGUAGAACUUGGAACUCUAAACUACAUAGUUACAGUCGAAUUAGGUGGCCGAAAAAUGACAGUCAUUGUUGACACUGGAAGUGAUUUGACAUGGGUUCAAUGCCAGCCUUGCAAGUCAUGUUAUAACCAAAAAGAACCUCUUUUCAACCCUUCAGCAUCUCCUUCCUACCAAACAGUCUCAUGUAAGUCAUCAACCUGCCAAUCUCUUGCAUUUGCUACCGGUAAUACGGGAAUCUGUGGGAACAACCCACCAACCUGUAACUAUAUCGUUAGCUAUGGUGAUGGAUCCUACACUCGCGGAGAACUAGCUCAUGAUCAUCUCAGUCUAGGCAAGACUCCGGUGGACAAUUUUGUAUUUGGCUGCGGCCGGAACAAUAAAGGUCUUUUUGGUGGAGCUUCUGGUCUUAUGGGUCUUGGAAGGAGUUCUAUCUCUCUCGUUUCACAAACUUCUGAAAUAUUUGGAGGGUUUUUCUCUUAUUGUCUGCCUUCAACACAAGCCGGGGCUUCAGGUUCAUUAGUUUUGGGCGGCAAUUCUUCAGUUUACAAGACUUCAAGCGCCAUUUCUUACACUAGAAUGAUUCCAAAUCCACAGCUAUCAACUUUCUACUUUCUCAACCUUACCGGUGUCAGUGUUGGUGGGGUGACAUUGCCAGAUUCAACUUUUGGGAAAGGUUCAAUGCUUAUCGAUUCUGGGACGGUUAUCACUAGACUUCCCCCGUCAAUUUACAAGGCUUUGAAGGCAGAGUUUAUGAAACAAUUUUCUGGUUUUCCUUCUGCACCAGCAUUCUCAAUCUUGGAUACUUGCUUCAACCUUAGUUCGUAUCAAGAAGUGGACGUUCCUACAAUUAAAAUGCAGUUUGAGGGCAAUGCUGAAAUGAAUGUGGAUGUAACUGGGGUCUUCUACUUUGUAAAGACUGAUGCGUCUCAGGUUUGUUUGGCUCUUGCAAGCCUCUCCUUCGAAGAUGAAAUUGGCAUUAUUGCAAAUUAUCAGCAAAGAAACCAAAGGGUUAUCUAUGAUACGAAAAAGACUAAGUUGGGAUUUGCCCAGGAAACUUGCAGUUUCACAUAAGCAGAACAGCUGGAAUUGUUGUGCAGUUGUGGAUAUAUUCUUCUCCGAGGCAAAGCCAAGUGAUCUGCUGGCAAUUUAACAAUAUGUAUACCCUAGCAUGCAUCUUUUCUGUUCACAAUAUAUACAUAUAACUACUCCUGAGGGAGAAGGUAUAAGACAUAUGAAGCCACUCUGAGAUUUCUUGAGUGUGCUCUGUAAACGUUAAAAAGGAACAGGGUUGGGGACCCGAAGGGGGUGUUGCAUGAAAUAACACUACUUCCUCAGUAGGUGCAAAGAGUUUUAUAUUAAUCCUUACAAGAUUUGUUUCAACAUAAAGAAAGAUUUGAAGUGUGUAAAAUCA